CGCGUCGCGUCAUCGCGUUCAAUUUCGAUGGGGUGUCCCUCCCUCUCCACCCGUAACCUCAUUUAUUGUGUGCUACGCAGGGGUCCAUUGAGACGAAUAUGUGGACCACGCAUUCAGGCAUUUAAUAGUGGAUUCUAGUGUAGCUAUGUAGGUAUUUGUUUCCGCAGCGCUCGAGAUAUCAACAGACAGAUUGUAACGUACAGUACGAGGCCUGAUCUCAUCUGCAGUGAACUUGACACCAAUGGCUGAUUCAGACAGCACGUCUACAUCUGAUCGAAAGCUCCACUGCCCACGUACACCUGUCUCACUUUCAUUACCUUUCCUGAGGGAAGGCAGUAAUGUUUUGGAGAGGAAACCGCCUCAGACAGGGGAACCUCUUAGUCCACUGCCAACCAAACGCACACGUACCUAUUCAGCAUCGGUGAGAGCCAAAUCUGGACCCGUCUUCAAGGGCAUUUGCAAGAACUUCUCAAGGUCACAAGGUCACGGAUUCAUUUGCCCCUCCCAUGGAGGAGAAGACAUAUUUGUUCACAUCUCAGAUAUUGAGGGUGAAUAUGUGCCAAUGGAGGGGGAUGAGGUGACCUACAAAGUGUGUCCUGUUCCUCCCAAGAACAUAAAGUUCCAAGCUGUUGAGGUGGUCAUCACCAACCUUUCUUCCGGAAGGAAGCACGAGACCUGGUCUGGGCAAGUUUUCAGCUCCUAGCUCACACAUUCAAGCCCAACAGAAGAAUAAAGAGAUAAAGGAAUGGAUUUAACUCAAGGUUCUCAUGCUGGUGGUAAAAUGGUGUUGUGUGCAAGUAGGAUAGGGAUGGAAUAGUAAUUAGGCUUAUGCAACUGUUGUUUUCUCCAGCCUGGCAAAUAAGCAACAGGAAGUUGGUCAGAGGUCUGUUUGGAAAAUGUUUUGGGAUGUAAGUCAGCUGAGCUUUGAUAUAGCAUUGGCAGAACAUUACAUAACUGUGACACAAAAAGCAGCAGUGUUGCCCUUGUUUGAAUAUUUGUCAUUUAUAUGUACUUAAUUAUGUAUUUAUUUUCAUUUUAUGUACAGAGGCAUUUAAGUUCAUUGUGCUGUGAAUGUUCAAGUCAUUUAUGUAAAACUAAUUUAAAAUUAAUGCACUUCAAGGGAAAUGUUCAUUUCUUUAAUUGUAAUUGAUAGGAGUGGUAUUAGUUUUCUGUACGAAAGCUACAAAUCACAAAAAAAUCACAGUAUUUUAAUUUUGUCAUGAACAAUGCUUUUUAUUAUAAUUCUAAUAAAAUUGAAAUAACGCAAUCA